AACGACAUUAACGAAAACACAACGGAAAAGGUAUGUCCCAGUGGGAGACCUAAGAAAUCGCUGAUUGGACUACAGCUCGUUUUACUUUUGAACCGGAAGUUACUCUGGUGUGCUUCGUUUUAAUGAGAAGCGGGAAUACGGUCACGUCGCAAUGUUUUGCCCAAACUGCGGGAAAGAGCUGGUUGAGCCGUCAUCAAACUUCUGCAGCAAUUGUGGCAAGAGGCUUCAACUUCAGGAAAUAUUUAUGGAAGAUACUCCACAAUGUUCAAGUAAGUUAAUAAGCAUAAAGAAAUAUUUAUGUUUCUUAUGGAUGUAGCAACUUGCUAACGUUAGUGGUCUCCAGACCGUGUCCACUGUCAUUUAGUUGUUCAUUGUAAAUGCAGUUAAAAGUACACAAACUCGAUAUAAUACAGCAGCAUGGUAUUAGCCAUAUAUAGAAAAAGCCCAUCUAGGGACAAGUGCUGCGAUGACGUAAACAUGAGACUGCUGUUUUGUUCAGUUUGUCCAUGUCGCUGUAUGUCUGUCCCUACCAAAUAAACCAAUUAAAUUAAAUUAAAAAUAGUAAGGUCCGUUACAGCCUUAGGCACUGCUUAAGGCUGUGGUCCGUUAAGGUCCGUUACAGCCUUAAGUAAUUUGGCUGUAACGUAAUACAUAUCAUCUGUUUGCAUGAAUGUGAUGUGCAACAUUUUUUCUUUACUUUACUUCUAGCACAACAGCCUGUUCCAUCCUGCCCUGCACCAGCCCUCAGCACCUUCCUUGAAUACAGAAAAAAGAAAAAUGAGGAGCGACAAAAGUAUUCUCUUGGGAAAAAGGGGUUACAGCAAAAGGAAAAAAAGAAAGUUCGGGUAGGUCCGGUUUUGUUCCGACCAAAAACAAGCAGCUUUUAAGUACCAUAAUAGACUUGCUUAAAGAAAGUUCCAGGUAGCAAAACUAUACAGAAUAAUUGUUUAACAGUGUAGUGGUAUAGAAAUAUACAUAUUCCUAUACAAAUAGUUUCCAGGUGUGACGCUCCGGUUGGGUAAAGUGGGCGGGGUAUAUAAGCGGCCGCUGUGCCCAGUCAGACAUGUGUCUUCCUCAUCAUUCACUGUGUGGCCCGCGUCUCUUGGGUUCCGGCGGAAGAAAAGGCAACAUAUCGCCAGUGUGGUGCAUGCUGCUUUGAUUCCCUGGUGGUGAAACGCUAUUGUGCUGCUCUCCUCUGCUUCCUCGUUCAGCGAGUGUGUGUGUGCGCGUUUUUGCCUGGAUUGACAGUUGCUGAGGCCCGGUGGCGGUGCUGGUGUGGUGACGGUGUCUCCCUCUUUUGUGUGCCGUGAUUCCUGAGUUUGGGUUGUCUCACUGCGUCUGGUGCUUUUACGGGUUUUUUUUGUUUGCUGUGUUUGGUGGAUGCCGUCCCUAUAGUGGCCCCUUCUGCCGGUGACCUCAGCUACUAUAGUUUUUUUUUCUGUUUUUCCUUAGUUUUUUUGUUGUAAAGAACUGGUUUUAAAAAGAGUUUUAAAAGAAUUUAAUAAAUAGCUUUUUGUGUAUUUGCAAUUGCCUCAGAUGUUUUAAUUCAUGCAUAACUGAACCUGUGUGCUUUAAAAAAAAGAGAGGUAAUAUUCUCUGGGUGAAAUUCCCAGGGUGGCGCUGUGGAGCAACUUAAAUUGGGUCUAGAAAUUUAAAUUGCCCAAUAUUCUUGAUUUUAACCUAGUCUCGCCACAUUUUUGGCGCUGUGAGCAGGACUGUGCUUUUUAUGAACAUCUGAGACAAGUAUUUGUUUGGGGUUUUUAAUAUUUGUGUUGUGUGUGUGGAUUUUUUUUUUUUCUUUCUCCCUUCUUUUUUGUGUAGAUUGGCCAAUCCGGCAACAGAGCAGCAGUGGUUCCGUGCAGAUCUUCAAAGUGGUGGGUGAGGUGUUAACAGUUAACCUUAGGUUGUAGUUUUGCACUGUAGUAAUCACAGGAAACAGAAUAAGCUUGUGAUUAUGGAAGAAGAAAUUCAGGAACUUAAAAAGCUGGUAGCAAGCUUAAGAGCCGACAAUGAGCAGUUGCGACAAGGACAGGCUAGCUUAAGUGCUCAGCCGUCCACUUCUUCAGCUUUGCCUAAUGCCCCUCCUACGCCUAGUCUCCCUGUAGCAGAGAGACUGAUUUUUGUCCCUAGAGAUAGGAAAUGUCCCAUCUUCAGAGGGAGGACAGGCAUAGGUUUGAGUGAGUGGAUGGAGGAAGCGAAGGUGUGUAUGAGAGCACGACAUCUGUCUGUGGUUGACCAAGCGUUUUUCCUAUUUGAUCACUUGGAGGGAGAGGCUAGAAAUGAAAUAAAGUAUCGCUCUAGUGCAGAGAGAGAGGACCCUGCUAGAAUAUUUGAGAUCCUACAGGAAUUGUAUGGUUGUUCAGAGUCAUAUGUUGCUCUUCAAGAGGCCUUCUUUUCUAGAAGACAACAAGAGGGAGAGAGUCUUCAGGAGUUCUCCCUUACAUUAAUGGGCCUUAUGGAGAGGGUAAAGCAGCGUGCACCUGCUGGUAUGCUGAAUUCUGAGACGUUGCUAAGAGAUCAGUUUGUCGAACAGGUGUUAGACAGUUCCCUGCGUCAUGAGCUGAAGCAGCUGGUACGCAUGAGGCCGGACAGCACUUUGCUUGAGGUUAGGGCUGCAGCAAUCCAGUGGGAACGCGAAGGGGUACCUCAUAGUGGGAGGAGCCGUAGCCAGUCGGUUCCCUCAGUUUAUGGUGUCCAGUAUGGGGUUCGUGGUGGUCCUCAGGUAGCUUCUUUAACAUCAACGGAAAUGAGCCAGAUAAGAGAAAUGCUAAAGCGUCAGCAAGAGCAGCUCCAGCAGCUUAGUGAGAGCAUUUCUCAGUUGCAGAAUUUCCGCCGUCCUAACCAGCCACGCUUUACUGGUCCAGUGAUCUGUAGGCGGUGUAACCAGCCUGGUCAUUUUGCACGAGAGUGUGAUGGGGUGCGUGCCCCCCAUCGAACCCAAUGCCAGUCAGAUUCAGCUGCUCAGUCCCGUUCUGCUUCCAUGGCGGAAAACUAGUUCCCACCGGACUGCAGAGCCACAGUUUGGGUGGGGAUGUUACUGGCUCACUAGCCACUAUUGGAAGUUUGGGUGCUUCUAAGUUGAUUUCAGUUUGCCCUCAUGCGGAUGUAGUUAUGGGUGGAGUGACAGUCACAUGUUUGGUGGAUACUGGUUCGAUGGUGUCCACGGUUUCUGAAAGUUUUUUCCGUCAGCAUAUGGAGUCUUGGGGUUCGGAGCGCCUCCAGUCGUGUCAUUGGUUGGAGCUUAGAGCUGCCAAUGGUCUUAAGAUUCCUUAUAUUGGCUAUUUGGAACUGGAUGUAUACCUCUGUGGCAAAUUGAUCCCCCACUGCGGUGUUUUGGUUGUGCAGGACCCUUGUGGAGAGGUCCCAGCCAAAGUCCCAGGUGUUUUGGGGAUGAAUGUGAUCAGGAAGUGUUAUCAAGAACUGUUUGGGCUGCAUGGUGUAGCUUGGUCUUCUGUGUCUGGUGUUUCUGAGGCCCCUCAGUCAGUCAUGCAGGCACUGCAGCAGUGCCAGUUUGCCGACUCGCGAGAGUCUCGGAGUGGUCCCGGAAGGGUUAAGGUCAGGGGUAAAAAGGGCUGUCGGAUUCCUGGUGGAGUCAUGAAAAUUGUGGCUGCCACAUGUUCUGAUGUGUAUGCAGGCUCUACUGUUUUGUUUGAACCUUUAGAGUCCGGAUUGCCUUCUGGUUUGCUUGCUUCCCCUGCCUUGGUUCAGGUAAUCAAGGGUACAGCUUAUGUGCCCAUUAUUAAUGUUGGUACGACAGAGGUGGUGGUAUACCCUCGCACUGUUGUUGGCACCUUAAAUGUUGUCAAUGUUGUUAGUCUCCCUGCAGGAAUUACUGAAGUCCCAGCAAAGGUAGCUACGAUGGUGUGCCAGACGGCUUCAGUUAAUGUGCAACAGCAGGUGGAGGACUUGGAUUUGUCCUCCUUGUCCGUGGAAGGACAAGGUCAGGUGAGGUCAUUGCUCAAUC